GCGCGCGCGCUCCCAGUCUCCACCACCCACCAGCUCCUCCGGCACCAGCAGCAAGCCUCGCCGCCGCCACCGCCCACCUUCUGCCGCCGCCGCCGCCGCCGCCACAACCACCUUCUCCUCCGCUGUCCUCUCCUAUCCUCGCCUUCUGUAGACCAUCAGGCUUUGAACCAGUAUGGCUGAACCCGACAGGAGUUUGACACCAUGGAAGAUCAUGCAGGGGGCUACACUCUGCUCCAAGACCAAGACGGAGACAUGGACCAGGGCUUAAAAGAGUCUCCCCCACAGCCCCCUGCCGAUGAUGGAUCGGAGGAACCAGGGUCGGAGACCUCUGAUGCUAAGAGCACCCCAACUGCUGAAGACGUGACUGCGCCCCUAGUGGAAGAGAGAGCUUCCGACAAGCAGGCUGCUGCCCAGCCCCACAUGGAGAUCCCAGAAGGAACCACAGCUGAAGAAGCAGGCAUUGGAGAUACCCCGAACUUGGAGGACCAAGCCGCUGGGCAUGUGACUCAAGAGCCAGAGAAGGUCCAGAUUUUCCCAGAAAGUUUGCAUGGAGGGCCAGGGCGCCAUGAAGGCCAGGCUCCAGACCUAGGGAUCUCAGAGUGGAUCUGCCAACCGGUGCCCAAGGUGUCUGGGGCUCCCUUCCUGCCACACGGCCUCAGAGAGGCUACAUGCCAACCUUCGGGGACAAGACCUGAGGAUGUAGAGAGAAGCCACCCGGCCUCUGAGCUGCUGCAGCAAGAGCCGCCUCAGAAGGAGGCAUGGGGCAAAGACAGGCUGGGGAGUGAGGAGGAGGUGGAUGAAGAUCUUGACAUGGAUGAGUCAUCCCAGGAUUCCCCUCCCUCCCAGGCCCCCCUGGCCCCUGGCAGGGCAGCCCCUCAGGCGGUCUCCAAGGAAACCACUGGCAUGCCUGGGUCCCCAGAUGAGGGUAUCAUCCCACUUCCUGUUGACCUCCUCUCCAAAGUCUCCACAGAGACCCAGGCCUCACAGCCUGACGGGCCUGGCGCAGGGCCCAUGGAGGAAGGGCCCGAGGCUGCCCCAGAGUUCACAUUCCACGUGGAAAUCAAAGCCAGCAUGCCGAAGGAGCAGGAUUUGGAAGGGGCUACGUUGGUGGGGGCCUCUGGAGAGGAGCCCCAGGCCCAGGGCCCCUCUGUGGGAAAGGGCAUCAAAGAUGCUAGCCUUCUGGAACCAUCUGAGAAGCAGCCCACAGCUGGCCUGCCAGGAAGGCCAGUCAGUCGGGUUCCUCAACUUAAAGCUCGAGUGGCCAGUGUUGGCAAAGACAGGACUGGGAACGACGAGAAGAAAGCGAAGACAUCCACACCUUCCUGUGCUAAACCCCUGAGCAGUAGGCCCCACCUUAGCCCCCCACGCCCCGGUCCUGGUAGCUCAGACCCUUUGAUCAAACCCUCCAGCCCUGCCGUGUGCCCUGAGCCGGCGGCCACCUCUCCUAAACACGUCUCUUCUGUCACACCCCGAAAUGGCAGUCCUGGAACAAAGCAGAUGAAACUCAAGGGGGCCGACGGUAAAACUGGAACCAAGAUUGCCACACCUCGGGGAGCAGCCCCUCCAGGCCAGAAAGGCACAUCCAACGCCACCAGGAUCCCAGCCAAGACCACGCCCAGCCCAAAGACUCCUCCUGGCUCAGCUUCCAAGCAAGUGCAGAGAAAACUACCCCCUGCAGGGGCAAAACCUGAGAGAGGAGAACCACCAAAAUCUGGAGAACGCAGCGGCUACAGCAGCCCCGGCUCCCCUGGGACCCCUGGCAGUCGCUCCCGCACCCCAUCCCUACCAACGCCGCCGACCCGGGAGCCCAAGAAGGUGGCAGUGGUCCGCACGCCCCCCAAGUCGCCAUCUGCCAGUAAGAGCCGCCUGCAGACUGCGCCUGUGCCUAUGCCAGACCUGAAGAACGUCAGGUCCAAGAUUGGCUCCACUGAGAACCUGAAGCAUCAGCCAGGAGGCGGGAAGGUGCAGAUAAUUAAUAAGAAGCUGGAUCUUAGCAACGUCCAGUCCAAGUGUGGCUCAAAGGACAAUAUCAAACACGUCCCGGGCGGCGGCAGUGUACAAAUAGUCUACAAGCCAGUGGACCUGAGCAAGGUGACCUCCAAGUGUGGCUCAUUAGGCAACAUCCAUCAUAAACCAGGAGGUGGCCAGGUGGAAGUGAAAUCUGAGAAGCUGGACUUCAAGGACAGAGUCCAGUCGAAGAUUGGUUCCCUGGAUAACAUCACCCAUGUCCCUGGAGGAGGGAAUAAGAAGAUUGAAACCCACAAGCUGACCUUCCGGGAGAAUGCCAAAGCCAAGACGGACCAUGGAGCAGAAAUCGUGUACAAGUCACCUGUGGUGUCUGGGGACACAUCUCCACGGCACCUCAGCAACGUGUCCUCCACGGGCAGCAUCAACAUGGUGGACUCCCCACAACUCGCCACACUAGCCGACGAAGUGUCUGCUUCUUUGGCCAAGCAGGGUUUGUGAUCAGGCCCCUGGGGUGGUCAGUAAUCGUGGAGAGAAGAGAGAGUGAGUGUGGAAAAAAAAAAAAAAGAAUGACCUGGCCCCUCGCCCUCUGCCCUCCCCGCUGCUCCUCACAGACCGGCUGACCGGCUUGUCACCUAACCUGCUUUUGUGGCUCGGCUUUGGCUCGGGACUUCAAAAUCAGUGAUGGGAAUAAGAGUCAAUUUCAUCUUUCCAAAUUGAUUUGUAGGCUAGUAAUAAAAUAUUUUUUAAGAAAAACACGUAAAAACAUGGCCAAACCCAACAUUUCCUUGGGCAAUUGCUAUUGAUUCCCCCAUCCCCACCCCACCCCCCCUCUUUGAGUAUUAGAGGGUGAAGGAGGCUCUGGAGGCUGCUUCUGGGGAGUUUUGAGGGACUAGGGCAACUGAUUGCCCGCAGCCCCAUCCUAGGGGCAUCAGGGACAGCGGCAAAAAGAUUGGAAACUUGGUGUGUUCGUGGAGCCCUAGGCAGGUGAUGUUACCAGUGUGGAUGUGAAGGAGGGCUGAGGCAGCGAAGGCUGAGGGAUGGGUGGGCUGGGAGUCAGAGGGGAGGGUGAGGAAGACAGGCUAGAGAGCACACUGGCUCCUGGAAGGACAGGUAACCUCGGCUGUCAGUCUUAGAUGGCAGAGCUGCCUGCUGGGUAAGGCCCUGGAGAGUGCUGUGGGUCCCUGUGCCCCUUCUGCAGGGCAGCCUGUGGGAGAAGACACAGUGGGCCGAAGGAAGGUGGCCAGAAGGUGGCACCUUGUCGAUUGGGUCUCUGAAGGCUGGCCUUGACAUCGCAGGGCACUGGCUUCUUCCUCCCUCUCUGCAGGGUGGGAGUCCUGAGCUGAGGGGCUUUGCGCUCCUCUCACAGAAGAACCUCUUUGCUGAGUUCUGGAUUUCUGCAGCCAUGAUUGGGCCACUUCACAGACCUGGGACAUUAGGGCUAACCAGUUCUUUGUAAGGACUUGUGCCUCUUGGGGGACAUCUGCCUGUUCUCAAGCCUGGUCCUCUGGGACUUCUGCAGUGUGAGGGUGGGGUAUUCUGGGAUGAUGGCUCCAGCCCCCCAUCCCUCCCACAGCCACUGCAGCCCCUCUACCUGUCCAUCACACCCACGUCUGCCAUGAGAGCCAGUCACUGCCGUCUCCCAUCGUGUCUCACUGUCCUGAGUGCUCCGCCUCUCCCAGCCCCUACUCUGGCCCCUGGGUAGAUGUGGGUAGUCCCUGUUCUACACUAAGAGGUGGAGUCCUGGGAAGGCAAAGAUUUUGGGGCUCAGUCUCUAGUCCUACGAAUCCAACCAGUGUGCCUGGAGAUAACCCUGGACACCUCUGUCUGCUCUUUUUUAACUUUAUAGUGGUUGCCUCCUAGGCCUGGCCCUCUUCUGGGGUUGAGCUGGAGGCAGCGAGUCAGGUGCCAAAUGCUAGCACCAGUGUGAGCAGGCAAGAAUCCCAGGGCAGGGUCACGCUCCUCCCAUCUUUCGCUUCCACCCCAGCUCGUGAUCGCUAGCCUCCCAGAGCCCAGCCGCCAUUAAGUCCCCGUGCACGUAAUCAGCCCUCUCCAUACCCCAAUUUGGGGAACAUACCCCCUGGAAAUGUUUUUCCUCCAGUCCCCAUGGAAGUGGUGCUGCCUGCCCUGCUGGAGCAGCCAGACAUCUCCAUAGAUACAGCCCUUCCCUCCCUGUCUGUACCCUGUUGUGUUGUAGUUGGAUUUGUUUGUUCGUCUGGGUUCACCAGAGUGACUAUGAUAGUAAAAAGAAAAGAAAAAAAAGAAAAGAAAAAAGAAAAAAAGAAAAACGGAAAAAAAAAAAAAAAAGAAAAGGACGCAUGUAUCUUGGACUGUUUGUCGAAAGGUUCUAGCUCACCACCAGGGAUGGAGGUCCUCGGUAUUUCUUGUCUCCACUGGGACUCGGCUCCAGGCCAGUGCAGUGCUUUCCUGCUAGGACAGCCCAUGCUUUGAAGGUUUUCCUCUGCAUCUGGGACCUCACAGACACUGGAUUGUGACAUUGGAGGUCUCCUAGCUGCCAAGGCCUGAAGCACAGGACCAGCUAGACUCCAGCUGCCAGAGACAGCAGGCCCCACCUGUCAGGGAGAGCUUUCCAGCUGGCCUGUUUUGCAGAGUGAAGAUGGUCCUCUCUAAUCACAGCCUCAUGUCCCACGGCAGCCGUGAAAGAUGGUCUAAUAAGACUGCAUCACAAGAGAAAGAAGAAAAAAAAAAAAAAAAAAAA